UUUGCGGCAGAGCCCGUUGCUACUCUACGCGCCUGGCGCACGCGGGAUUAAGGCUGACUGUACGCUGUUGCGAGAUGGACUCCCUGUACGUGUCCUCCCACCCUGAUGACUUUAGGAGUUUGCAGGCCCUUAUUGCAGCUGAAUUCUCCCCAUCCCGCCCGCAGACCCUCGCAGAGGAGCCCCCAGCCAGAGUAGCUCGAUGUCGCCCUGCCCUGGUGCUGCGGGACGCCGAGGCGACGGCACUGUGCGGAGCCGGAGCGGUCAGCUGGUACCUGGCAUCUGUGGGCGGGAGGACGGGCAGCGAUGCCCAGCAGCAGAGCGAGGUGUGGCAGUGGCUGAGCUUUGCUGAGAAUGAGCUCACACCUGUGGCAUGUGCCGUGGUCUUCCCUCUGUUGGGGGUGAUGGGAGUCGACAAAAAGUUGCAGCAGAGUUCUCGGGCGGAGCUGUUGCGUGUUUUGAAGGUUCUGGAUCAGAUUUUAGAGCCGCGGACCUUCCUGGUUGGAGAGAGCUUGUCUCUGGCUGAUGUAGCUGUUGCAAUGGCUGCGCUGCUGCCUUUUAAAUAUGCAUUGGAGCCAUCAGACAGGAAGACCCUGGUGAACGUAAGCAGGUGGUUUGAUACGUGUGUCAAUCAGCCGCAGCUCCUGAAAGUGCUGGGCAAAAUCACACUCUGUGAAAAAAUGGUGCCGGUGACUCCUAAAUCCAACUCUGCUGUCAACACCACCACUGCUGCUGCUGCAGCAAACGGCACUGCUCCCAGCAGCACACCUGUCAGCGGGCCACCAAAGACGGAAGCCCAGCUGAAGAAAGAGGCCAAAAAGCGAGAGAAGAUGGAGAAGUUCCAGCAGAAGAAAGAGAUGGAGGAGAAGAAGAAGCAGAUGCAGUCUCAGACUGAGAAAAAGGCCAAACCGGAGAAGAAGGAACUGGGAGUGAUUACAUAUAACAUUCCUACUCCAGCUGGCGAGAAAAAAGAUGUGCUAAGCCCUCUUCCUGACUCGUACAGUCCACAGUAUGUGGAGGCAGCCUGGUACCCCUGGUGGGAGAAGCAGGGUUUCUUUAAGCCAGAGUACGGACGGAAGAGCCUCAGUGAACCAAACCCUCGCGGAAUCUUCAUGAUGUGUAUCCCUCCUCCUAAUGUGACUGGGUCUCUUCAUUUGGGCCACGCCUUAACCAAUGCCAUUCAGGACUGCCUGACCAGAUGGCACAGAAUGAGAGGAGAAACGACUCUCUGGAACCCCGGCUGUGAUCACGCCGGCAUCGCGACCCAGGUGGUGGUGGAGAAGAAGCUGAUGAGGGAGAGAGGGAUGAGCAGACACGACCUCGGACGAGAAAACUUCAUCCAGGAGGUCUGGAAGUGGAAGAACGAAAAGGGAGAUCGGAUCUAUCACCAGCUGAAGAAGCUGGGCUCUUCUCUGGACUGGGAUAGAGCGUGUUUCACCAUGGAUCCAAAACUAUCAUACGCUGUUCAGGAGGCCUUCAUUCGUAUGCACGAGGAGGGGGUGAUCUACAGGAGCAAACGACUGGUCAACUGGUCCUGCACACUCAACUCCGCCAUCUCUGAUAUAGAGGUGGACAAGAAAGAGCUGAUCGGCAGAACUCUUCUUCCUGUGCCAGGCUAUAAGGAGAAGGUGGAGUUUGGUGUGCUGGUGUCUUUCUCCUAUAAAAUAGAGGGGUCAGAUGAGGAGAUCGUUGUUGCAACCACGCGUAUCGAGACCAUGCUGGGAGAUACAGCUGUGGCAGUGCACCCUGAAGACUCCAGAUACCAGCAUUUGAAAGGGAAGACAGUGAUUCACCCGUUCUGUGACCGUAAACUGCCCAUUGUGUUCGAUGACUUUGUGGACAUGAAUUUUGGAACAGGUGCUGUAAAGAUCACCCCAGCUCAUGAUCAUAACGACUACGAGGUGGGAGAGAGACACAAACUGCCCUUCAUCAACAUCCUCGAUGAGAACGGCUUCCUCAUCAACGUUCCUCCUCCGUUCCUGGGUAUGAAGAGGUUUGAUGCGAGGAAAGCUGUGCUGCAGGCCCUGAAGGACAGAGGCCAGUUUAAAGAGGUUAAAGAUAACCCCAUGGUGGUGCCUGUGUGCAGCCGUUCUAAGGACAUAGUGGAGCCGCUGCUGAAGCCGCAGUGGUACGUUGACUGCGCAGACAUGGGGAAGCAGGCUGCAGAUGCAGUGAGAAAUGGGGAACUGAAGAUCAUUCCGGAUCAUCACCUCAAAACCUGGUUCAACUGGAUGGACAACAUCAGGGAUUGGUGUAUCUCUCGUCAGCUGUGGUGGGGUCACAGAAUCCCUGCGUAUUUCAUUACAGUCAAUGACCCAUCAGUGAAACCGGGAGAGGAUGUGGAUGGUCAUUACUGGGUCAGUGGGCGGUCAGAAGAAGAAGCCAGAGAGAAAGCAGCCAAGCGCUUCAAUGUCACCGCAGACAAAAUCUCCCUACGCCAAGAUGAGGACGUGUUGGAUACCUGGUUUUCCUCUGGAAUUUUUCCCUUUUCCAUCUUUGGGUGGCCAAACGAAACUGAGGACCUGAAAGUGUUCUACCCAGGCACUCUGCUGGAGACGGGUCAUGAUAUCCUGUUCUUCUGGGUGGCGCGGAUGGUCAUGAUGGGCCUGAAACUCACAGGAAAACUCCCAUUUAAAGAGGUGUAUCUGCACGCUGUAGUGCGGGAUGCUCACGGCAGGAAGAUGAGUAAGUCUCUGGGGAACGUCAUCGAUCCUCUGGACGUCAUCACAGGAAUCUCACUGGAGGGUCUCCACGCCCAGCUGAAGGACAGUAAUCUGGACCCAGUAGAGAUUGAGAAAGCCAAACAGGGACAGAAAUCUGACUACCCCAGUGGAAUCCCAGAGUGUGGCACCGAUGCCCUCAGGUUUGCCCUGUGUGCCUACACCAGCCAAGGAAGGGACAUUAACCUGGAUGUGAACAGGAUCCUGGGCUACAGACAUUUCUGCAAUAAGCUGUGGAAUGCUGUGAAGUUUGCCAUGAGGACUCUGGGGGAGGGAUUUGUGCCCUGGGAGAAAGCUCGGCUGUGUGGCAGUGAGAGUGUAUCUGAUCGCUGGAUUCUCUCUCGACUCUGUGCUGCCGUCACUCUGUGUGGGAACGGAUUCCAAGCCUACGAUUUCCCAGCGAUCACCACGGCCAUCUACAACUUCUGGCUCUAUGAGCUGUGUGACGUCUAUCUGGAGAGUGUGAAGCCUGUGUUCAGCAGCACAGACGCUGAGAGUCAGAAGCAGGCGGAGGUUUGCAGGCAGACUCUCUACACCUGUCUGGAGGUGGGGCUCCGCCUCCUCUCCCCCAUCAUGCCCUUCGUUUCCGAGGAGCUCUUCCAGAGAUUGCCACGAAGACAGACUCAGAACAGCCCGGCCAGCAUCUCCGUCACCCCCUACCCAGAGAGCUCAGAGUUCUGCUGGCACAGCGAGGAGAUCGACCGCGAGAUGGAGUUCGUGAUGACUGUGGUCAGAACCAUUCGAUCUCUCAGGGCCGACUACAACCUCACAAAGACUCGCGCUGACUGUUAUCUGCAGUGUAUAGACUCUGCUACCGUGUCUCUGGUGGAGAAAUACAGCCUGCAGAUCCAAACUCUCUCCUACUCUCAGGCCGUCCACCCUGUGAGCGGGGGCGACAGUGCUAUCCCAGAAGGCUGUGCGGUGGCCAUCGCCUCUGACAAGUGCAGCGUUCAUCUCAUGCUGAAGGGUUUGAUUGAUUUGGAAAAGGAAGUGGCCAAACUGACGACAAAGCAGGGAGAGCUGGAGAAGCAGAUGGAGAAACUGGAGGAGAAGAUGAAGAAGAGUGACUAUAGAGAGAAAGUUCCAGCCAAGGUGCAGGAACUGGACGCUGAGAAGUUGAGGCAGAGUCAGACGGAGCUGCAGAAAGUGAAAGAAGCCAUAGAGAACUUCAGAAGAAUGAUGUAACAAAUUCCAACUUCCUCCCCUGCACCGCACCUCGUCCUUUGUUAGAUUUUUACACUCUGAUGGUUUGGCGUCCGGUAUGUGUGAAUCAUGUGCGUCUCUGCUGCUUAACUAUCUUUAUGAGGAAACAAAUUAAAUACUAAUAUUAGCUA